AGACGCAAGACAUGUAAUAAAAGUGGAAUAUCAGGAAAAUGGCCCAUUAUUUUCAGAACUUAAAUUUUAUCAGAGAGCUGCAAAAAAAGACUGUAUCAAAAAGUGGAUAGAACUCAAACAACUUGAUUAUUUAGGAAUUCCUCUCUUUUAUGGAUCUGGUCUGACUGAAUUCAAGGGAAGAAGUUACAGAUUUAUGAUAAUGGAAAGACUAGGAAUAGAUUUACAGAAGAUCUCAGAUCAGAAUGGUAUUUUUAAAAAGUCAACUGUCCUGCAGCUGGGUAUCCGAAUGUUGGAUGUACUAGAAUAUAUACAUGAAAAUGAAUAUGUUCAUGGUGAUAUAAAAGCAGCAAAUCUACUUUUGGGUUACAAAAACCCAAAUCGGGUUUAUCUUGUAGAUUAUGGACUUUCCUACAGAUAUUGUCCCAAUGGGAACCACAAACAGUAUCAGGAAAAUCCUAGAAAAGGCCAUAAUGGGACAAUAGAGUUUACUAGCUUGGAUGCCCACAAGGGAGUAGCCCUGUCCAGACGAAGUGACGUUGAAAUCCUUGGCUACUGCAUGCUGCGGUGGUUUUGUGGGAAACUUCCCUGGGAACAGAACCUGAAGGACCCUGUGGCUGUCCAGACUGCUAAAACAAACCUGUUGGAUGAGCUCCCUGAGUCAGUGCUUAAAUGGGCUCCUUCUGGAAACAGUUGCUGUGAAAUAGCCCAAUUUUUGGAACAUGUUCAUAGUUUAGCCUAUGAUGAAAAGCCAAACUAUAAAAUGCUCAAGAAAAUUCUGAACCCAAGUGGAAUACCCUUAGGACCACUGGAAUUUUCUAGUAAAGGACAGAGUGUAAACGUGUGUACUGCAAUCAGUCAAAAAGAAAGCACAACGAAAAGACAAAAGUAUCCGGAGUCUCAAGAAUUUCUUAAUGAAGUAAAGAGUUUCCCACAAAAAUACAGCUAUACGCAAUUCCCAAAUUCAUUUUAUGAACCCCAUCAAGAUUUUACCACUCCAGAUGAACUCAAUAAGUCAACAUCUCUAUCUUUGUAUACAUAUAGUUCCACAACUGGUAUGGGGGUCACAGACUUAGAAAGUCGUUCGGGAUGGUGGCCUGCAAUUUCCCAGUUUACUCUUAGUGAAGAGACAAAGGCAGAUAUGUAUUAUUAUGGCCCCAUCAUAUUUUUCCUUUCGAUGUUAAUAGUUCUUGCUUUAUAUUUUCUCUGAAGACGUCAAAUAAAAUCCUUUUGAUAAUUUUCAAAAAAUUGUUACAUUCUUAUUUCAGGGUUUCCUCCCAGACAUUUUCAAGGUAAUUGGCUUUAAAAAAAAA